UGUGGUAUGAACCAACUGACAUCCAGAAGGCCAGCAAACCAUGGAAGACUGGCAGAGGUGACAAAGUUACCUUUUCAUCACCAAACUUGAAUGAAUUGCAGUCCAUUUGCAGACACCUUAGUUUAGGUGAACUGCCUCCUCAUGACCAUGUCACUGAUGGGGAAGACUUGACUGACCUAUUGAGGGCUAUAGUACACACAGCUGCCCCACUCCUGGACACCAUGUCAGCACUCAUGGUGACACUGGGCCCACAGGGCUUCAUGAUUUUACGCAAGGCAUCGCCUGAGAAGAGCAACGACUCAGUUUUCCUUCUGCCUCCUGCCCCUCAUUCCUCAGACGGUGUUAUUGGUCUACAUUUCCCAGGUCUGAAGGACCCCAAGAUUAUCUCUGUAUCUGGAGCUGGUGAUUGUUUGGCAGCAGGAUUCAUUGCUGGCAUGCUUCAAGGGAAGGCACUGAGCGAGUGCAGUGCUUUAGGAUUACAUGCUGCAUCCCUUUCUCUAGCAGCUUCGCCUGCAGUUCCAGACACACUCUGCACAUCAGUUCUACCUUGGGGACAGCACCAAGCAUACAAAAUUGUUUCAUAGGUAUGCUUGGAGAAACGAAAUUAUUUUUUCAGUCUCUUUUAACGGUUUAAGUCUGUUCUAAUGGAGAAAUAUGGUUUUACUUUUCUAAUAAUAAUAAUAAUUUGAUAACCACCAAAUGUGCUGAAUCUCAGUGACACUCUACCUGAGGUUUAGUUUAUUCUUUGGCUCUACACAUUGACAUUGACAUCAAAAUUUUAUAGAAGAACCCAGUUUAUACACUUUGCAGCACAGAAGACAUCAGAUAACUGCUGGAGUUGAAAAUGGUAUUCUUGUUGUAGAAAUACUUUUGUCAUAAAGCAGAUAAACUAAAUAAAGAAUUAUAAACUGAA